AUGACCACCAAAGAUGUGGCAAUAGGAAUGAUCUUCUUUACAUUUGGAAUCCUGGGGAAUUUUCUUCUUUACCAUUUUCUCCUCCUUUAUGUCACUGGGUGCAGGUUGAGGACCACAGAUUUGAUUGUGAAGAACCUGUUUGUAGCAAACUCUUUUGUCAUUUUGUCUAGAGGAAUCCCGCAUGCAAUGUUAUUUUUUGGAUGGCAACAUGUCCUCAAUGAUCAUGAAUGCAAGUUCAUUUCCUAUAUGCACAGAGUGGGCAGAGGUGUGUCCAUUGGCAGCACCUGCCUCUUGAGUGUCUUCCAGGCCAUUAUGAUCAGUUCCAGAAAUUCCAGGUGGGCAGAGCUCAAAAUGAAAAUUCCCAAGUACAUCAGCUCAUCUAUUUUCCUGUGCUGGAUCCUGCAAAUGCUAAUAAAUGUCAUUUUUCCUAUGUAUGUGGCUGGGAAAUGGAGGAAAAAAAACAUCAUGAACACAAAAUAUUUUCAAUACUGUUCUUCUGUUCUUCAUGAUAAAACUGCAGACUGGCUGUAUGCGGCAUUGCUGUCAUUCCCUGAUGUGCUGUGUUUGGGGCUCAUGCUGUGGGCCAGCAGCUCCAUGGUUUUGGUCCUGUACAGGCACAAGCAGCGGAUGCGACACAUUCGCAAGACUAAUGUCUCCUCCAGGUCCUCCCCUGAGUCCAGAGCUACCAAGACCAUCCUUCUCCUGGUGAGCACCUUUGUCUUCUUUUACACCCUCGCCUGCAUCUUUCAAGCCUGUUUGUCUAUUAUUGGUAAACCUAGCUUGUUCCUGAUGAACAGCACCUCAAUAGUCGAUGGGUGUUUCCCAGCCAUCAGCCCCUUUCUGCUCUUGAGCUAUGACUCCACUACUUUCAGGCUCUGCUUUGCCUGGAUAAGCAAUAGAAAAUCCCCUAAUGAUUGA